AUGAUUCCAGCAUCCUCACUCGACCAGGAGACACCUGGAACCACAGAGCUAUCUCAAGAGCAACCAAACUCAGAAUCGUUGGAAACUGUACCAGAAUCAGACGACCCAGCCGACUACCUGAUACGCGCGAACCAAGGCCACUCCAUCAAAGUCGAUUCAGAAGGCCUCCUCGUCCCCAUUACCCAAGAAACAGGCAAUGUUCCCGAAACCGUUGUUCACGGCACCGACGAGCGCGCCUGGAAUCUCAUCCUAAAGAGCGGCGGUCUGCGGCGCAUGGGACGGAACCAUAUUCACUUCGCAUCUGGUCUCCCGGCAGGUUUCAAAGCACUUGAAUCUUCCACUGAUCCUACUGCCGAAGAAAAGGAGUCUGCGCCAGUCAUCUCAGGCAUGCGCAAGAACUCGUCGAUUCUGAUUUAUAUCGAUAUCAACGCUGCUCUUACUGCCGGCAUCAAGUUUUUCGUCUCGGACAACGGUGUCAUACUCACCGAGGGUAAUGAGCAAGGCUUCCUUUCGUAUGAAUUCUUCAAGCGCGUCGAAAGUAGGAAGAAGGAUGGUGGUGUACUGAUGAGUGAUGGGAAGUUACCCGAAGGCGUGACUGUGAAUAUUGAAGAGUGGGAGAAAGAGGUUGGUGAUGUGCAGAAGGGGAAGCGGGGUGGCAGGGGUGGUAGAGGUGGUAGAGGUGGAGGACGGGGCGGAGGCGCAAGUGGCCAAAAGAGUGGGAUAAAUGAAGCAGGAGUUGCGGCGGCUGAUGCUUAA